AUGGCCCUUCACCCUCCACAGAAUGUGAACAAAAUGAUCUUUGCACCCGCGGACGACAAGACCGGUGCCCAAGCGGAGCAAUAUACGAAAGGUUCCCUCGACGAGUCACAACUUGACCCCUCCUCUCCAUUCAAUCAAUUCAACACGUGGUUCACACUUGCUCAGAAGUCUUCCGUCCACCAACCCGAAACCGUGUGUUUGUCCACAGCGUCUUUACCCUCGGGGAGAGUGAGUGCGCGUAUGGUAUACUUGAAGGAAUUAGACGACAGAGGCUUUGUUAUUUACAGCAAUUGGGGAACCAGCCAGAAAGCCAAGGACGUGGAAAGCAAUAAGUGGGCGAGCUUAACAUUUUGGUGGAGAGAGAUGGAGCGUCAAGUACGCGUGGAGGGUCAGGUUGAACGCCUCACGCCGGAGGAAAGUCAAGUCUACUUUGAUACCAGAAUACGAGGGAGUCGCAUUGGAGCUUGGGCGAGUCGACAGAGUCAAGUUCUCAAUGGUAGAGAAGAACUGGAGGAUUGGGUAGGAGAUAUCGAGAAGAAAUUUGAAGGUCAAGAAAAGAUUCCAGUUCCAGAAUUCUGGGGAGGACUUCGGGUCAAGCCUGAGAUGGUGGAGUUUUGGCAGGGAAGACCGAGCAGACUGCACGAUCGAUUUCAGUAUAGAAAGGAGGGUGAGAGCUGGAAGAUCGUGAGGCUUAGUCCUUAA